UGGCAGUCCAGUGUUGUCAGCCACAACUACUGUGUCUUUGAGUGUGACAGUCAGUAACAGGACAUCGUCCAUAAUGACAGCUACUCAGUUACAGCCCGAUGCAGCAAUAGACUUAACGUUAUUAAUUAUCAUUGUAGUAGCAGCUGUAAUAGUAUCUGUGGUGAUUGUAGUGUCCAUCACAUUGUGUAUUGUGAAAUGUAACUGUGGUCAGUCUAGAUCAAGGACCAGUAGGGCUGUUGACCAAACAGUUGUGUGUAACAGGGAGGGGCAUGAAGGGUUGGCACACAGUGCUAAGACACAAACUGGCACCAAACAACAGACAGAGGGGAGGAAUAGAAACACACAGAUUCUUGAACCAAAAUGUGAGUUCUAUCCACAAUAUGAAUCACAGAGUGAAUGGACGACAACAUUAACAUCAGAGAAGAGACCUCCAUCAGUUCUAUUGCUUCCGACUCGGCUGCCGAAACGAUAGGAUGUCAGUGUGCCACAGUGAAGGACCCUUAUCUGCGACAGAGGCACAUACAUAUGUACACAUACAUACAUGCACACAUACAGAUACUAUGUGUACAGACAUAUACACACAUAUAGAUAUACUCGCUCAAAUGUACACACAGCACAUAUCCUCAAACAUACACACACAUACAUAAACAUGUCUACAUUUACACACACCCAUCCACAACCACAUACAUGUCCUAUGUACACAAACACAAACACAUGCCUGCGACCCCCUACUUUGGAACUUAUUUUCUUAACACCUACACACAUUCACACACACACACACACACACACACACACAUGUGUACAUAUACCUGCAUACAGACUGUGAGCAAAGCACACAUACAAUUAUUGUAUGACCAUAACACACAAUUCAUACACAAAUAUUGUAACCCCAUUCUUACAAAUCUAUCCCUUGAUGGCUACACAGACACAUCCCAUAACCACACACACAUCUAUCUCGUACUAUUUCUGACAUAGAAACAAGGCCACACAAUUUAUGGGAAAGAACAGUCAAUGAUGUUAACCCCAGUAUUUUACUGGUAUGUUAAUUUGUCAACCGAGGAGGGAUGAAAUCUAAAGUGGACCACAGCCAGAUUUGAUCCCAGAAUGUCCAGUCACAGAGCCACCUCCAGAAGCUGUCGGUGCUGUGAGUGGAGAUUGAACCAUGAAUGUUAUCAAUCGGGUGUCUAUGUGGACACUACAGUCGGUGAUAUUAUUUUCCUGGCUGACCGGCUGCCACAGCAUUGACCUUACCUAUCAUGUGGAGGAGGAGAAAUACUCAGGCACUUACCUUGGGGACAUUGCUGCUGACUCCCACUUGAGAGACAGUUUACCAUUCCAAGAUCACAACUUAGUGACAUUUAACCAAUUAAAGCCACGUCGCAAUGGCAAACACCAGCUGUUCAACGUGACGAAGGCAGGUAAACUGUACACGGCACAGACAUUGGAUGCCGAGAAACUAUGUACAUAUAAUAUGGAGUGUUUCCGCAUUUUCAAAAUUGCCAUCCAUCAAGAUGAAACUUUCAUGAAAAUAUUGAAGGUGAAAGUGGUCAUUGUGGACAUAAAUGACCAUAAACCUGAGUUUGCAAAAAAACUGGUCAGCCUUCAGUUUGAUGAAGGCGAUGGAAAGGGCAUGAGGAAAUCCAUUCCUAAUGCUGUAGACAAGGAUGUUGGUGUGAUCAAUUCGAAAAUUACUUAUCAGAUAGAACGCAGCUCUGAGAAGGCAUCAUGCCCUUUCACGUUGUCUGUUAGGAAAACUAUAAGUGGCAGGUCAGAACUUGGAAUUGUUUUGGAGAGAAAACUUGACAGAGAAGUGAAAGAUUCCUAUAAUAUUCGCGUGGUGGCCAAAGAUGGAGGUUAUCCACCUAAACGAAGUACUUUAGAUGUGAAAAUAGCUGUGACAGACGUUAAUGACAAUGCACCUGUGUUUUCUAAUGAUAUUUAUAAUAUUUCUAUACAAAAUACAUACCAAAGGAACAAACCACUCGUUAUUUUGUCAGCAAAAGACUCAGACUUUGGCGAAAAUGGCCAUGUUUCUUAUUAUUUCAGUUCAGAGACUCCAGAGACUGUCAAAUCUCAUUUUCGACUGAAUCAAGUCACGGGAGAAAUAUUUCUCCAAAAAGACAUUUCUUUAGAACGGAAGCAAGCUUAUAAAUUGUUUGUGCGAGCUACAGAUCAAGGUAGCUCGCCUCUCAGUUCUAUAGCCAUGGUUCUGGUAAAUAUUGUUAACCAACACAACAUGGCACCAGAAAUAGAUGUCAACUUUGUCACUCAGAUAAAAGAGAACACAGCAGCCAUUUCUGAAGGAAUCAAAGUUGGUAGUUUCAUAGCUUAUGUCAGUGUUAUUGACAAUGAUGUUGGACAGAACGGUGAGGUGGAAUGUUCUUUAGAACAUGAAAAAUUUCUUCUCUUAGAUUUAGGUUCAAAUGAAUAUAAGGUAACAUUGAGGAAAUCUGUUGACAGAGAGAAACAAGAUAGGUAUGACAUAACGAUUUCUUGCGAAGACAAAGGGUCCCCUCCUUUACAGACUCAGAGACAGUUCUCCAUUGAAGUGAUGGAUGUCAACGAUGUCCAACCACAGUUUACAAAAGAAUCUUUUAAAUUCCUGACUUAUGAAAAUGGGAAAACAAACUUUCCCAUUGGUUUUAUAAAUGCUACUGACCCUGAUAUGGGAGCUGGAGGUCAACUGACUUUUUCUCUGCUGAGUACCAGCAAACAUGUGAUACCAUUCCAGAUAACUGAUUAUGGUUUUAUCUCAACCACUAUACCACUGGAUAGAGAACAACAGAAUGUUUAUAAGUUCCAAGUAUUUGUCAAAGAUAACGGGAAUCCUUCAUUAAAUAACACAGCCAAUGUGAUUGUUGAGGUUUUAGAUGAGAAUGAUAAUGCCCCUUAUUUCACCUUCCCUAGUUCGGACCCUUUCAGUUUAAAUGUCCACUAUCAUCCCCAAAGUAAAAAAGAGAUCACUAUUUUAAGGGCUUCAGACAGGGACAGUCAUUUAAAUGCAUUCCUUAAAUAUGACAUAGUAAAAGGCAACAACAAACAGUUGUUUGCAAUAAACCCCUAUUCUGGGGCACUGUCUUUUGCUCGGACAGUUUACCAAAAUGAUGCUGGUACCUAUGACUUGAAAUUCGUUGUGAAAGACAGUGGGACCCCUGUUCUCUCAGUGACAACCAUGGUGUCUUUAACACUGACCGUUAGCAACAAGACAUCUCCAUCACUGGACACUGUUCCAUUACAGACUGACCACAUGAUCAACUUGACCUGGGUCAUUGUUAUUGUAACGGCCGCUGUAAUCGCCUCUGUGGCCAUUGUAGUAUCAAUAACCCUGUGUAUUGUCAGAUGUAACAAUGGUCGAAGCCACUUGGAACCGACUGAAAUUAGUACCACAAUCCCAGCCAAUAGAGAAAAAAGUCAUUUCAUAUCUCUGACAAAAAAACCAGUCCCAGCAUCAAGACAUUCCGAAAUGAAGAACAGAAACACUCAAUUUAUGGAAUCAAGUCGGGAAUUUUAUCCUCAGUAUGAGUCCCAAAGUGAGUGGACCACUUCAACGUCUGAAAGGAGGCCUGCAUCUGUGCUGUUGCGAGCAGCUGAGCCCUUGAUGUUUCCCCUCCACCCACAACUGCAGCGAUGUGAGACUAGUAGUAAAACACGUGACAUUAUUACCCACCCGAACACCCAAAAAAUAAGUUUGAUUCCAUCAAAAUACACAACCAGCAACUUGUGACCAAACAACUGCAGAUGAGGACAAGAGUCAACAACAAACAAAUGAACAAAUGAACAAACAGCAAACAAACAAACAACUGCUGCUACUGUGAACACUGAAAUGACAGGAGA